AUGUCAGAUUGUCGACCAGCCUACACGCCACUUGAACCAGGAAUUAAAUUAACCAAAGAAGACUGUCCCGCUAAUGAAAAGGACAGGGAAGAGAUGAUAAACGUGCCUUAUUGCGAAUUGAUAAGUUCGCUAAUGUAUGUGGCGCGGAACACCAGAUCCGAUAUUGCUUAUGCAGUGACCAAAUUAGCGCAAUUUAGUUCUAAUGCAGGAAAGGUACAUUGGACGGAGGCAAAGAGAAUACUUAGAUACCUGAGCAAAACCUCCGACUUAGGAUUAAAAUACGAAAAGGGAGCAGCAACGUUAGAAAUGUGGACCGAUGCUGAUUGGGCAGGAGAUAUUGACGACAGGCACUCCUUUAGCGGUACACCAGUUACUAUUGGAGGAAAUCUAGUGGACUGGAAGACGUCAAAGCAAAAAUGUAUAUCUACAUCUACGAUGGAAGCAGAGUAUGUAGCCCUGUCAACAGUCGCAAAGGAAGCUAGCUGA